AUCGGGUUGAAUUUUUGGACGAUAUGGUCGGGUGGGAACGUGGGGUUGAUUGGUGUUAUCGGCUUCAUUUCACCGCCACCUCACACUCAGACUUUAGCAAUCCGAUCGCUUCGUUGCUCCUUUCUCUCCGUUCAAUCCAUACUCCGCAAUCGCCGCCGCCGCCGCCGCAGUUGCAGCGGCAGCAACCUUCAACCGCGCCGAUUCAGCCAUUGCACCGGUAGAGGCAGCCAAAAAGUGUGGGAUAAGAGAUGAUUUUGAGGGCCAGUUUUUGCGCUUCAGUUAAUUCCAGAUGGUGCAAAACUGAACCACAAAACUCUGUUCAUGUCUGUGGAAGUGUAUCAAUCGCUCGAAGCAACUAUCCUCGAAGUGCUGAUCUUUCACAGAAUUAUUUGAGAGAAGAAAAUAAACCAUCUCCAGAACUCAGAAGACAGCAUCAACCACAAAGUACCCAUAUACCUCAGAACUACUUGAAAAGGGAACAGAAACCGACUUCAGUUCCCACAGAGGAAUUAAGGCAGCAGUAUCCACAAAAUGCUGAUCUUCCUCGGUACUACUCUACAAAGGAAAAGAAACCAUUUCCAAUCCCUGUCUUGGAACUAAGGCGCGCAGCAAGAGAGAGGCUGAAGAGAAUGAAAGGAAAGCCCAGACGACCAACACCACCUCCCCGAAACGGAAUGCUGGUUAAAAGUUUGAUCCCUGUCGCAUAUGAAGUCAUGAAUGCAAGGGUCUUGCUGAUAAAUAAUCUGAAAAGGCUUAUGAAAGUAAUACCAGUUCUCGCAUGCAAGUAUUGCACUGAAGUUCAUGUGGGAUCAGUCGGGCAUCCUUUCAAAUCAUGCCGAGGUUUGCGAGCUAAUCACCGCUAUGGCCUUCACGCGUGGGCGAUGGCAAAGGUAGAAGACGUGUUUGUGCCAAUGGAGUCCUACCAUCUCCAUGAUCGCCUUGGGAGGCGGAUAACACACCAGGAGAGGUUUGCCAUUGCUCGUGUCCCAGCUGUAGUUGAACUCUGUGUCCAGGCCGGCGUCGAUCUGCCAGACCUAUCGACCAAGAGACGGAGGAAGCCUGUCAUUCGUUUAGGACGCAAUGAAAUCAUUGAUGCAGAUGAGGAUGACUUGCCUGAACCUGAACCUAGCAAGUUGAUAACACCCAUCAUGGAUGAAAUCCCUGACUCUGAGAUUGCUCCACCAUCCAAUACCGAGGAGACUGUGGCAUUGUCCGAAGAAACACUUACAGCGUGGGAGACUUUGCGCGGGGGCGUGGCCAAGUUGAUGAGGAAAUAUCCAGUGAGAGUGUGUGGGUACUGUCCAGAGGUGCACGUUGGGCCGAGCGGGCACAAGGCGCAGAACUGCGGAGCGCACAAGCAUCAGCAGCGCAAUGGGCAACAUGGAUGGCAAGCAGCGGUGCUAGAUGAUCUGAUUCUGCCCAAGUAUGUGUGGCAUGUCCCGGCAACUGCUUCAGAGCUGCAGUGGGAUCUGAGGCACUUCUACGGGCAAGCACCGGCUGUUGUGGAGCUCUGCGCCAAAGGAGGUGCGGUGGUGCCUGAUUGUUAUAAGCCUACCAUGAGGCUGGAUAUCGGGAUACCGACCAACUCUAGAGAAGCUGAGAUGGUGGUGUGAUCACACGCCUCGUCUUUUGCAUGUAAAAUGAAGUUAGCCAACGUACAUGAGCUCAUGUUGUCAUGGCUAGUACGAGAUUAAUUUUUAACGAGGGAAAAGAGUAUAUUUAAUUAGAACUUUUAAAA